CCGUGGACUUGAAUUUUGGAAACAUUGCUUUCCUUUGUUCAUUAUCUCCUGCAAGAUGAUGAGUUCUAAUCAGGAGGAGGUCACUUUGGGCGCUUUUCUCCAGUACAUUGAAGAUAUGGGGAUGAAGGCCUAUGAUGGCUUGGUUAUACAGAAUGCAUCAGAUAUUGCUCGAGAGAAUGAUCGCAUGAGGAAUGAAACAAACCUGGCUUACUUGAAAGAAAAGAGUGAAAAACGCCGAAAACAAGAAGAAGCAAUAAAACGCAUAGGUGGAGAAGUAGCAAGAGGAAAUGAAGGCAGCUACGUGGGGAAACAUUUCCGCAUGGGAUUUAUGACAAUGCCUGCUCCUCAGGACAGACUGCCACACCCCUGCUCCAGUGGCUUCACUGUCAGAUCCCAGUCUCUUCAUUCAGUUGGAGGAACUGAUGAUGAAAGCAGCAGCUCUCGAAAGCAGCCGCCUCCAAAACCGAAGCGAGACCCCAACACCAAACUGAGCACCUCGUCUGAAACUGUCAACACUGGAACAACAAGCAAAAGUGGGAAACUACCAGACAGGACUGAAGUGUCAGCCAAACCAAGACCUCACAGUGAUGAGUACACAAAGAAGAUUCCACCUCCUAAGCCGAAACGAAACCCAAACACUCAGCUAAGCACAUCUUUUGAUGAAACAUAUAUCAAAAAGCAUGGCCCUAUGAAGGCAACCCUCACUAGGGAUGCCUCGCUCUCGCAGGUCAGCAGUCCUGCUCCAGACACAGAGGAAGAGGAGCCUGUUUAUAUUGAAAUGGUUGGGAAUAUUCUCAGAGACUUCAAAAAAGAAGAGGAUGACCAAAGCGAAGCGGUCUAUGAGGAGAUGAAAUACCCUAUAUUUGAUGAUGUAGGCCAAGACUCAAAAUGUCAAUGUGAAUAUGACCAUCACACUUGUUCUUCUCAGUGUGCUACUCCCACAGUGCCUGACCUGGAUUUCACCAAGUCUCCAGUGCCAUCUACUCCCAAGGGCUUGCUUUGUGACAUACCCCCGCCAUUUCCAAACCUGCUCUCUCACAGACCUCCACUGCUGGUGUUCCCACCAGCACCAGUGCAGUGUUCCCCAAAUUCUGACGAGUCUCCUCUAACUCCACUAGAGGUCACAAAGCUUCCCGUCCUAGAAAAUGUGUCUUACAUCAAACAGCAAGCUGGAGCUUCUCCAUCUUCACUGCCACCUCAUACACCAGGCCAUCAAAAACUGGAGAAAGACCAGACAGUAUCUCAUGGAACUAGCACCCCUGGGCACACCUCCUCACCUCCUCAUCCUUCUACCUUAUACAGAACGCAGUCUCCACAUGGCUAUCCUAAAAGUCACUCUGCCUCACCUUCUCCUGUCAGUAUGGGUAGGUCUCUUACCCCCUUAAGCCUCAAAAGACCUCCACCUUAUGACUCUGUACAUUCAGGAAGUCUCUCAAGAAGCUCUCCAUCAGUGCCUCAUUCUACAGCCAGAAACACAUUGCAAGAAGGAGGGAAGAUGGUCAGUGUGUCAGUCAGCACCUACGGGUCAUCAUCUCAGAGCAGCUCCCGCUCUCGGACACCCACCAGUCCUCUGGAGGAGCUAACCAGCCUCUUCACCUCAGGAAGAAGUCUCCUGAGGAAAUCCUCCAGUGGCAGAAGAUCUAAGGAACCUGCAGAAAAACCACUAGAUGAGCUGAAGAUCAGAAGCCACAGCACUGAACCACUACCAAAGCUGGAAAACAAAGAGAGAGGACAUCAUGGUUCAGCUUCCUCCAGGGAGCCAGGGAAAGCUCAGGAAUGGGAUGGAACACCAGGCCCCCCCAUGGUGUCCAGCAGGCUGGGGAGAUCCUCUGUCAGCCCAACCAUGCUGGCUGGAGGCAACAGCUCAGAGUCCAAGUCGAGUUGCCGGCUGGGCCGCUCCGCGAGCACGUCAGGAGUGCCUCCUGCGUCGGUGGCGCCGCUCCGGCAGCCCGGCGAGCUCCAGCCGAGCCAGGUGACGUGCAUGCAGUGGUUGCAAGGGGACCAUACGAUGCUGGACAUGAUUGAAAAAAAGCGUUGCCUCUGCAAAGAGAUCAAAGCUCGACAGAAAUCAGAGAAAGGACUCUGCAAACAGGACAGCAUGCCUAUCUUGCCAAGUUGGAAAAAGAAUGCUGGGACCAAGAAAUACAGCCCUCCUCCUUAUUCCAAACAACAAACUGUUUUCUGGGACACUGCAAUUUGACAGGCCUGUGGAGGAUGCCCUCUCCACUGUGUGGCACCAAGCACAG